CGCAAGGACCCCACCGGGCUGGCUGCUGCGUGAAUCCCUCCUCUGACCUAACCUGGCUAAUGGCGCAGCGCUAACCGGGACCCUUACUUUUCAUUUCCUGGGUGCCCCGGGCUGGCGGGUGUGAGUGCCCCGGGGCUAUGGAGGGACAGGAACGUUGGUUGGGGCUGUCGCCCGGGCCCGGUCUCGGCCCGCUGUAUUGUCCCCGGGACGAGCACAAUGGCGGCUUUUGUGUGUGCGUGCGCAGGCGGGCGGAGGGGGAGGGAGUGCGCGCGCUCUCGCGGGGACGCGCAUGCGCGAACCCCGACUGAUUAGUGACGGGGGCGGGGGGAGUUUUGCGGGAGUGCGCAGCGCGGCGGGACGCGACUGGAGACCCUUUUGGCCUGGAGGGUUUCGGCCUUCACGGCUGGCGCAGCCUGGAUUCCCGUCUGGAGGACCCGGCGGCAUCUGGUGUUUGCGUGCCUGCGAGCAAGGGGUGGAACGCGGCCCAGGAAUGUGGGAGGGGGCGGCGCGGCGGGGAGGGGGUGGCCUUCGCUCGGGGUUAUGGCGGCGGCCUCUUUUGUGUGGUGCGGGGAGGCGCUGUGGCUCACUCCCGGGAGACGGCGGGUCCGGGGCGGGCGAGGGCCUGGAAAGGAGGAUGGAAUGGGCGUCUUGUUUUUCUCCGGUUCCUUCCGCAGACCUUUUCGCUUCAGCCCAGGGUCCGCAGGGUCCGCAGGCCCGGCGCCGCGGCCGGGGAGGCUGCGUUUCCGGAGUGGAAAGUUUUGUGACGCAGAAGAUUGGGGAGGAGUGGGGGUGGGGAGGGGAGGCAGGAAUGGGUCGCUGGGCUCUGGAGAUAGAGGUUAGACGCGGCGGGGAGGUUAGGGAGCCAGCGAGGCCCUUUCUCCUACUUGCUUGGCCCAGGUUGUCCCUGUGUGGCGAGUUAGCCGGGAGCCCCGCGUUUUUCUGGAGUAGAGGGGUCAUCGCGGGUUGUGGGAGUGUCUUCAUGUUAGUGACUUUGAUCCAGGAAUCCGCCAUUGGAAAAACACCCAGCUUGGGGGGGAAGUAAACAGUUUUGUUGUUGACUUGUUGCUGCCUGUGGAGUAGAAUCUCGCAAUGGGUCCGAGGCCCCCGAGUCUUUUAGACAGAAUCCCCUUCUAAGGGUUUAGGGGCAGAGGAGAGGAGAACGUGUGAUCUGAGAGAUGGUUUUGGGCUUUGGUGGCAGGAAGUCUGCAUCCCGCCGCAACAGUGGCACCACGUUUCAGAUAAGCUCUUGUGUGGGUUAUGCGGAGCCUUUAAAUACACUUACGAUUAGGAGUUGAUUUCACAACUCCGGAAUAAUCCUGAGACGAAGUUUAGUGGCACAAAUUAAUUGAAUACAUAUUUUAAUGUAGUCAUAUGUAAUAUUUUUUAGGAAUUGAUCUGUUCCUUUGGGAGCAUUUUCCUUGUUAAUGAACCAAUUAUAUUAAAUCCUCUAAUUGCUGACACUUCAUAUGUUGAAUUGAACACAGACAUUUUAACAAUCUACCAGCAGCACAGAGUAUUCCCAGUUUUACCAUUUUCCAUUUAGCUAUAGUGUCCUUUUAAGGAUUCUAGGCAGCAGUGAACCUUAUUUAAAAAGCAAAAUUGUACUAUAACAAGUGCAAAAGGAAAGUUUGUGGUUCUGCCGUGCUUUAAAGUAUUAACGGUAGCAAGAGAAAGCGCGGUGGUGUUUUUGCUCAUAGAAAUUCUGGAAAUUGGGUGCCUGAAGUCUUACACUCCCCAUCUGCUUCCAGUUUUCAGUGACUCCAUUGAUGAUGCAUGCAGUUUGGCAGUAUCAUACUGAGCUUUAAGCACAAGAUUUGUAAACAUGGUAUAUAGUGUAUCUUUUGCAAACAGGUUGGCAACGGUACUGUGUGACUUGGUCUUUUGUGGCUUUUUUGAGAAAAAUGAAACACUUCGCAUGUACAGUUUUUUUCCACCAACUACUUGUGAGUAGUUUCUGGUUAUACAACGUUACGAAGGUAGCAUAUAACCCUUUUCUAGAAUGUUGAGGCUUAUGAGAUACCAGUGUAAGGGGGAUGGGUAGAAAUAGAGAUGAAAGGCACUAAAAUGUCCUACUCUCUAAGAGCAUUGAAUGCCAGUUGUACCAUUUAUUCAAAGUCAUUUUUGAACUUCUGUUAAAAUGGGGUAAUAAACAGGUAACUACUUCAAGCCGGGCUAAUGCUUGUAAUCCCAGCGCUUUGGGAGGCCAAGGCAGGUGGAUCACCUGACCUGAGGUCAGGAGGCCAGCCUGGCCAACAUGGCGAAACCCCGUCUCUACUAAAAAUACAAAAAGCCUAGCGUGGUGGCGCACCCCUGUAAUACCAGCUACUAGAGGAGGCGGAGAUUGCAGUGAGCCGAGAUCACACCACUGAAUUCCAGCCUGGGUGACAGAGGGAGACUCAAAAAAAAAAAACCAAACGAAUUAUCAGUCAAACUACUUCAGAGUUGUGCUUAA